GUGAGGAAACUGAAACCCAGAGAGGCCCAGGGAUGGGCCACGGUCAGCAGAUGGGAAGCCACUUGCCAGGGUCAGGUCUGCUGCCAGCCCCAAGCACCCCACCAGCCAUAGCCAUGAGCUCUUCCAGAAAGGACCACCUCGGCGCCAGCCGCUCAGAGCCCCUCCCGGUCAUCAUCGUGGGCAACGGCCCCUCUGGCAUCUGCCUGUCCUACCUGCUCUCCGGCUACACACCCUACGUGAAGCCAGAUGCCGUCCACCCCCACCCCCUGCUGCAGAGGAAGCUCACUGAGGCCCCGGGGGUCUCCAUCCUGGACCAGGACCUGGACCACCUGUCCGAAGGCCUUGAGGGCCGAUGCCAAAGCCCCGUGGCUCUGCUCUUUGAUGCCCUCCUGCGCCCAGACACAGACUUUGGGGGAAACAUGGAGUCGGUCCUCACCUGGAAGCACCAGGCGGAGCAUGCCCUCCCCCACUUGGUUCUGGGCCGGAACCUCCCCGGGGGAGCCUGGCACUCCAUCGAAGGCUCCAUGGUGACCCUGAGCCAGGGCCAGUGGAUGGGGCUCCCGGACCUGGAGGUCAAGGACUGGCUGCAGAAGAAGCGAAGAGGCCUUCGAAACAGCCGGGCUACGGCCGGGGACAUCGCCCACUACUACAGGGACUACGUCGUCAAGAAGGGUCUGGGGCAUAACUUUGUGUCCGGUGCUGUAGUCACAGCCGUGGAGUGGAGGACCCCCGACCCCAGCCCUCUCUUCCAGAUUUUCCGCCGCGCGGACAAAAAUGAUGAUGGGAAGCUGUCCUUGGAGGAAUUCCAGCUCUUCUUUGCAGAUGGCGUCCUCAACGAGAAAGAGCUCGAAGAUCUCUUUCACACGAUUGAUUCUGACAACACCAACCACGUGGACACCAAGGAGCUAUGUGAUUAUUUUGUGGACCACAUGGGUGACUAUGAGGACGUCCUGGCCUCCCUGGAGACCUUGAAUCACUCUGUCCUGAAGGCCAUGGGCUACACCAAGAAGGUAUAUGAGGGCGGCAACAAUGUGGACCAGUUUGUGACCCGCUUCCUCCUGAAGGAGACGGCCAAUCAGAUCCAGUCGCUGCUCAGCUCCGUGGAGAGUGCGGUGGAAGCCAUCGAGGAACAGACCAGCCAGAUCCGACAGAACCACAGCAAACCCAGCCACAGUGUGGCGCAGACCUGGUGUGGAAGCCCCACUCCCCGCUCUGCCCCCAACCACAAGCUCAUGGCCACGGAACAAGGCAGGAGUCUUCCAUCUGCUGCUGAGGAUACAAAGGAAGAGGGCCUAGAAACCCAGAUCAGCCGCUUGGCAGAGCUGAUCGGGAGGCUGGAGAGCAAGGCACUGUGGUUUGACCUGCAGCAGCGCCUCUCGGACGAAGACGGCACCAACAUGCUGGUCCGGCAGGAGAUGGCCGUGUGCCCUGAGCAGCUGAGCGAGUUCCUGGAUUCCCUGCGCCAGUAUCUGCGGGGCACCGCGGGAGAGAGGAGCUGCUUCCACAUCGCUGCCGUGAGGCUCUCAGACGGCUUCACCUUUGUUGUCUAUGAGUUCUGGGAGACAGAGGAAGAGUGGAAGAGGCACCUGCAGAGCCCCGUGUGCAAGGCGUUCCGGCACGUCAAGGUGGACACGCUGAGCCAGCCCGAGGCCCUCUCCAGGAUCUCAGUGCCAGGUGUGGAGACAGACAGGGCAAGUGACUCACCAGAGGUCACACAGCAAAUAAGCAGCUCAAGUCAGAUCCAAACCCAUAGUCCCGCGCCCAACCGCCCCCACCACAUAGCAUCAACCCAUAAGGAAGGACGGCUUCGGAUUAACCCGACAGUCAUGUGAGGAUCACAUCUACCUGUCACAGAAUGGAGAUGGAAGCCUUUGUCCCGAGUGGUGAUAUUCAGUCACCCCUUAAAGAGCCCCGCCAUCACCUCUUAGCAUUUAGUGCCAGUCCACUUGCCUCCUGAGCUGCUUUCCUGCUUUGGGACAAGUCCUCACCUCCUCAUACUUCCCUUUUCCCCUUGGCAAUCACAACCUGGGUCUUCCAGGAUAAAGCUACCGUUGCUUGGGUCUCCACCGUGUGUGAGGUAUCCCAUCACUUACUCCAGACACAUUGCCUUCAUUCCUCACAAGUGCCCCACUUCGUACAGAGUAAGCCUGCUCCAUUUUGCUGGUAGGGCAACCGAUUCUGCAAAAAGGUUCACACACUACCGAAGACUUCGAGAUAGCAAACGGCAGAGCCAGUGUUCAAAUCCAACAGUCCAACUCCAAAGCCGCUUCACACACAGCCGCCUUUGAUGGCAUGACUCUCACCCUGCCACAUGGUCAUAUUCCAGGACUCUCCACGAAUGGUCCUGGCACAGCCCCAGCCUUCCCGGCCCAGGGCCACAGAGCCUUUCAGGAAACAGACAGCUAUAAGUAAUAAACCAAUGACUUCAGCCUCACCUCUCACUCCAGGGUGAUAAAUU